ACUGCAGCUGGACGGCAUUUGCCAUACGAAGUGAGGGGCUAGGAAAGUAGAAGAAGGCUUGAUGUAGGGUUUUGCAAGAAGGACAACGAGGUAGUUAUUUUGUUUGAGUGGUAGACCAAAGAUAAAACAAAAGACAGACAAAAUGCUUUGCCACGUUACGCGUCCGGAUUCGGUGGUAAUGGAAGUGGAAGUUGAUGCGAAAGCGAAUGGUGAAGAUUGUCUGAAUAAGGUAUGCAGAAAGUUGGGGAUAAUUGAGGUGGACUACUUUGGCCUGCAGUUUUCGGGAAGCAAGGGGGAGAACUUGUGGCUGAACCUGAGGAACCGUAUAUGCCAGCAGAUGGACAGCCUGACUCCAUGUCGACUGAGGCUGCGUGUCAAAUUCUUCGUGGAGCCCCAUCUCAUUCUGCAGGAACAGACAAGGCACGUGUUCUUCACGCACGUCAAGGAGGACCUCCACAGCGGGCACCUGCGGAUGGGCAGGGAGCAGGCCGAGGAGCUGAGUUCCCUCCUGGCGCAAGCAGAAUUCGGGGACUACAACCAAAACACUGCCAAGUACUGGUACUCUGAACUGUGUGGGGAGGAGCCCAGUCCUGCCAGCGUCAACAGCAUCGUGUCCAGGCACAAGGCUCUGGAGGGCCUGAGCAGCGGCUCCGUGGAGUACCAGGCGCUGCAGCUGGUGUCCCUGCUGGAGCACUACGGCGUGGAGUGGCACUGGGCGCGGGACGCCGAGGGCCAGCGGCUGGCCAUCGGGGUGGGGCCCGACGGCAUCGCCGUCUGCAAGGAGGACUUCAGCCUCGUCAACAGAAUUAGUUAUCCCAUCAUCCAAAUAGCCACCCAGUCGGGGAAGAGCGUCUACCUGACUGUGACCAAGGAGACCAGCGACAGCGUGGUGCUGCUGUUCAAGCUGAUCAGCAACCGGGCCGCCAGUGGUCUUUACAGAGCCAUCACCGAGACGCAUGCUUUCUAUAGGUGCGACACGGUGACGAGCGCCGUGAUGAUGCAGUACAGCCGGGACUUCAAGGGCCACCUGGCCUCGCUCUUCCUCAACGAGAACAUCAACCUGGGCAAGAAGUACGUCUUCGACAUCCGCCGGACCUCCAAGGAGGUGUACGACUACGCCCGCCGGGCGCUCUACAACGCCGGCCUCGUGGACCUGGUGACACGGGCCUCCACCGGCCAACGCACGCCCACCUCCCGCUCCCCGCUCCGCCACCACAGUCACCAGGGAGGGGGAGGAGAGGAGGAGGAGGAGGAGGAGGAGGAGGAAGAGCUGGACUGCGGGCACUGCGAGCGCAGUCGCGCCCUGCAGGAGCGCUUGCAGAAGCUGCGGGAGGCGCUGCUGUGCAUGCUGUGCUGCGCGGAGGAGAUCGACGCCGCCUUCUGCCCCUGCGGUCACAUGGUGUGCUGCCAGAGCUGCGCCAGCCAGCUUCAGUUGUGUCCGGUGUGCCGAUCGGAGGUGGAACACGUCCAGCACGUCUACCUGCCCACCUGCACCAGCCUACUCAACCUGACCGGCAACGACAACAGCUGCAGCCCCCAGCCCAUACACCGAGGCGUGUCCUCUCACACCUGCUCCACCAAGGACUACAACACCCACGAGCAGAAGAUCUACCACAACUAACCCUCGUCGCACCCAUCAGGUGGGCAGCUCCCAAAACCGGCUUCGGAACAAGGAGACUCAGACUUCCUGCUCGUUCACAACCUAAAGCAGCUCCCAGUUCUGCGAUGACACCAUCUACCACACGUGAACCCUCUGCCUUGAACACCAUCCCUGAACCACUCCUUCAACCACUGCCUUGACCAAUGUUAUUGACUGGUUGCAAACUUGGUCGGUUUUGUGCGUUUUACCUUGCUUGAUUCCACAGACUUAUAAGGAACAUUGUCCAUUUUCUUUGAUUGGCGCAUACCUUUUUGAUAUAUAAUUUUCUCUUGACUUGCCACUCUGGACAUAAAUGUCACUCCACUGCAAAGUUAUGUUUUAAACCAAUGAGGAUUGCCACCUAAUUUUAGCUUAGAUUUAUGAAUUUCUUAAUUUAAUGCAUCAGUUGACCUGAUAAGCAGCAGUAGCUAUGGGUUCCUCCAUUAUUAUUUUUUUUAUUGUGCUCUCAUUUGUGUGUGUGUGUGUGUUUAGUGUGUAUUUUUCUCCAUAUCCGAUGAAAGUAAAUAAUAUCUCUUGGGCUUAUUGUCUUCAGCCUGUGUACAUUUACGGUGAAAAUUCAGUGUUUUAGGAGAAUAGUAGACAAACGUACAUAAUCUUUGAGUUGUUUUUCUUUGUAGUUAUUUAUGCAUUUUAAAAGUUCAAUCUUUUCAAAACUUCAUUUUUGUUGUUGUUGAUUUUAUCGUGUUAUGGAGUGCAUAUGCAUAAUCCUUUUUUUGUUUGUGAAAAGCACAGUAUGUUGUUUAGGUGGAGGGGGAGGAGUGGUUGGUAACACCACCAUUAUCUCAUUCACGAGUCUCCGGAAAUCUGACCCCAGAACAAGAUCAGCAUAACGUAAAUGGUCGGUCUACACUCCAAUCCCAGCGGGCCGUGAGAAAUAACCUGUACGCAACUCCUAACCUACCGUUCCCAUUUUAUACCAACAAAAACCAGGAAACGGCCCUAAAAAGAAGUUCCUUUUAUUUUUGUACUUGCUACAGCCAUUCAAGAUUAUUUAAGUAAGAAACGAUCGUACUGUGGGGCCAAUGGCAAGUGCUUCCUCUGAUCCUCCAGGUUUCUCCUGUGUUCUCCAUUGUUGACUAGUGGGCUCUUAGUAGUACUAGUCUGUGCAAUAUUGGCUGCUUUUGGAAAGCUUUCUUUUUUUUCAUUUGUUUUGUGUUAAAUCUUUAUCUACACUGUCACUUUACCAAGGAAGUUUCCCAAGUGUAUUAUCCAUAGGGGUUUGCCUUAAUGUAGCAACACCGUGUGUGUUUGAUCUAUAUUCUUUCUUUGCACACUUUGUUUCAAAAAUGAAGAGGAAUAAGAGGAAAAAAAAACGAUUCUUUAUUGAUUCUGAUGCAGCUCUGCCCAGUUCUGCAGGGGAAAGGAUUUUUUCACAUUUUGUUUCUGUUUUCUGAAGCAAAACUAUGCUCCUGUAAAAUAUAGAAAUGACUCAUUUGAUCUUAUUUUAUAUUUGCUUUGAACAAGAGAAAAAAAAGUAUUAAUAAAGUUGUUGUUUUUUAAACCGGAA